GCGAGGGCACGCGCGUGUUCCAUUCCGACGCUUCGCCUGGUGUCAAUGGUAUCGUCGCAAGAGUCGGAGACAGGGCCAACAGCCACCAACGGUGUGGUGGGAAGCUUCUACGAUUUCUUUGCGAAGCUCUAUUCGAGCAGCUUCACGGCCAAUCCUCCGUGGGCGACUGUGCAAGGUGGUGCUUCUGCGGCACCCACUGACCAUCUCGGAACGCUACAACCAGCUGCCCCAUGGGCUGAUGGCUUGGAGUACCCGCCAGCUACUCCAGCAGUGAAUGGCAUGAAUGGCCGACAGGAGGAUAGAAGGAGACACCAGGAGGCGAGACACCAGGAGGCUGAUUUCCAUCCUUACAAAGAUCACAAGGGAGCCGAAAGGGGUAGGAAGCCGCAUCGCUUGGAGUUUGGAUGGCCAGAGGACGAUGCUGGAAACCUCAAAGUGCAUAUGAGGACACCUAAGGUCUCUGGCAAUGGCCGAAGUCGCGAGUCCCUACGAGCGCCGAAGCCCGAGGGCUUUCCCGAACCCACGGACCUACCUCAGAACCUGAGCAGUCGUGGACUGCGUGAGCAACGGGAGCAACGCGAACAAAAACAGCGAGAAAUGAAGGAACAAAGGGACCAAGCAGCCAGACAGCAGGAGGAAUGGUUGCGACGGCAACAAAGUGAACUCAAGGAGCAGCGCGAGCAAUACUUGCAAGAACAGGAGGCCAAAUUUGAGGAACGUCUACCGUCCAAAGACCAGCGGGAUCGUCGAGAUCGAGCGAUCGAGCGAUCGGAUCAGCAUGAACGGGGUGAUCGUGAACGAAAGGAUAACAACUACAAAGCCGACCCAGAGGACCUCAUUGAUCAGCACGUGGCCUACUUCUUGCGAAAGAACCCCGAGGUGAAGGGUCGACACAAGAUCGAGCGAACACGUCCGAACACGUAUUUGCUGGACAAUCGUGAGGUUCAGAUCGAAUGGCAGUAUGCAACGGAACCGGGUGGACAGGGCUUUUUGGUGGUGGUCGACGGACCACUGCGCCAGCCCUUUAGUGAUUACAUGAGGGACACCGAGGAAAACGCCACCUACGACGGCUUAGACAUUGUUCAAAGCAAUUUGCACGGCAUUCGUCGGGACCUGCGAAUGUCUUUCAAUGACAGCAUGAAGGUCUACAACCGUCUUGAAGCCAUGAAGGUCGCAAAGGAACAGGCUCUCUUCCGGGAAAAGGCGGCAGCCCUCACGAAGGACAUUCGCUUUCAUGAGCUGCUCUUGAUUUUGGAUCCUACCCUCAAGGCAACAGAAUCAAGCCUCUACUGCAGCGGAUUCUUCCAGAUCAACAUCGUCGGAAUCAGCUCCAGUGGCCAUGGGUUCAAAGGGAGGAUCAUCGACAGGUGUGAAGUGCUCCAGCAUGAUAGCACCAAGACUUCCAUCGUAUGCUCUGGUCAGGAGGAGGUUGUUGCCGCUUUGGAGGAAGAGAUAAAUUCCGAAGAGGGUAGGAUGAAUUUGGAGACCCAACCUCGAAAUGAUCAUUUCUUUUACUUUGAGGGAUUGCCUGCAAAACCGCUUCCGCCCCCACCAGAGACAGCGACACAUGAGUCUACUGAGCCUGAGGUCAGUGAGGUGUUGACCCGUCGGGAUCAGCUUCAGAUGAAGGAGAAGAAGAAGAAGGCUGAGAAUGGCAAGAACGGCAAGAACGGGAAGAAGGAACCUGAUGAUGGAGAUCUUGAUGAAUCUGGUGCACCUUUGCCCCAUGAGAAGCCCAAGCCGGCAGCCAAACGAAAGCCAAAAGCGCAACCCAAACGUGAGACGAAGAAAGCCAAGAGCAAAGCCAAGAGCAAAGCAAAGAAGCAUGAUGACUCUGAGGACAUUCCACUGACUCAACCGGACAGUGAUGAUGAUGAUGAGAUGGUGACCCCAAAGAAAAGGUUGUUCAAUGCAGUGUCGGAGGAUGAUGGAGAUGAUUUUGAUGGAGGUCCAGUGAAAUCCAGCGCAAAGUCAUCCUCAUCCCCGCCAACAUUCAUUGACCCCAAGACUGGCAAGUCUGUGACGCUGGCCGAGGUGUUUGAAAACUACAUGCCAGAUCAAUGGAACAAAAAGAAUGCCAAGAAAUCGAAGCUUGAGAAGGAAGCCACCGCUGGUAGCUCGAACAGUGCCCCCAGUCGUCCGAAAGCCAAGGCUCGCUCGAAGAACAAGACAAAGGCAAAGGCGAAAGCAGAGUCCAUUCCAGAGUCUCCUAAGUUGACAUCGCCGUCCAUCAAGAAGGAGCAGAAGCGCCGUAAGAAGAAGGAAACCCAGGUGAUUGAAACCACGGGGGAUGACAUGAUGGACCAAGCCAUGCAGGACAAGUUCAAGCACACUAUCGAUUCAGUUGAUGGUUUUGAAAGUGAUGACGUCAAGGGCUACUUGAAAAAGACCAUGACCGGUGGCAACAAGCUCUGCAACCUUUCUUCCUACUGGAAGAAAACGUCUGAGGGCUCGGUAGGACUGAUGACCAAGAAGAAUGAGACUUGGGUGUACUUCUCAUUCAAGUAUGACGUGGAUUGGUCCGUCAACAUGUCCUUGGCCUACUCUUGUGCGUCCCUUAUGGCGGCAUGGAUGCUGGAGAACGAGAACAAGCUGCUGGAUUACUGGGAUCCGUUGUCUGAUUUUCAGAAGAUGUCAACCAAGUUAAAGUACAAUGCCAACAUGGAAACAGCCAACUUCUCUUGGGUGGAGUUCUAUGCUGGUCAAGCUGAAGCUACAAGGAUGUUCAAUUAUGGGGGAUUUCGAACGGCUAAGCUUGACCUGGUGUACAUGAAAUCACGUGAUGCAGCACAUCAGAAUCCGAUGGAUUUGACAUCAGAUGCUGGGAUGGGGACGGCCAUAGCUACAGUGCUACGAGGCAAUUUCGAGGAAGUUGCCUUGGCUGAGCUCAUGAACGUGAACACAGUGGUGAUGAACCGCAUCGUGACGAUGUGGCAAUCUGGCACUAUCGAUGCCAAUGUUGCUAUGCAGCUCUUGGGUCAGGGGUUAUCACCCAAUGAGUCGCCCCCGGUGGAUGGGGGUAAGGGGGCCACCCCUGCAGGAGACAAUGGUUUGCCCCAGAAGAGACCAGCUGAUAGCAUCACCCCGUCAGUUGCCCCCGCAGACUUGGAUGAUGUACUUGAACAGGCCAAAAAAGCCAAGAUGGACGCUUUCAUCAAAUACACCGAGAAAACGACGACAAAGAAAGACACGACCACCAACGAUUUGGAAUUUGGGUGGUACUCCAAGGAUGACAUGGUGAAGGUUCUCAAAUGGAAUACGAAGAAAAUUGAAGGAGCAAUCAAGUGUUGCGAGAGAGAUCCCAAGAACCUGAUCAGGGCGACGACAAGAGCGAGCUGCAGAGCGUCACUCUUGAACGACUUGAUCUUCAAGCAGCCCGCAAUGCAGCUGCCACCAGUGCUCCAGUGGUGGAAGCUUCUGAGGGCUGUAGAGGCCUUGGAAGGCAACUUGAAGACUCUCGGUCAGGAGUACAAUUCGCUCUCAGAUCACAUGGCAAAGGGUGAGCAAGAGGACUUUUCGCCCGAGUGGUCCGUCCAGUCUGAGAAAGUCAUGAAAGCUUCGACCUUCGUGUGCACCAGAGUGUCCCAGAACGAAGCCAAGGUGUCACUGGCGCAUCUGCAAAGAGAUUUGCAGCGAAUGUUGGCGAGGGCCACCUGCAAGAGCCAGAUUUUGACAGCACAAGCUGUCAAAGACGACGUCGGAGAUGUUGUGGCGACCCAAAAGGGAAUCAAUUUGUGGUCCAGGUGUUCGCUGUCAAAUUCGGAAAGAGAUGUUCACCGGGUUACCAAAAAACAAAAGACUACGUUAGAUGUUCCAAUCAGUCACGUGACAAUAGAGGAUGUCAAAGUCCCAUGGAUUUCACCACGUGACUGGUUGAUCUGGAUCAUUAGAAAAGGAUUGUGGCCCCGAUUGGCAGGUGCCCCCCUCCACCAGCAUGCAGUGGCUGGUGAAAUUUGGUCCAACUUUUGGACUGAAUACGAAAAAAUUUGUCCAGACUUUGAGUUGUUCAGCCUGCCAGACAUCGACCGUUCCAAGACCGCUGCAUUUAUGAUCCAUGGUGACGAAGGCAGGACACUGAAGCGCCACGGGCUCAUGGUUACAAGCAUACAGUCAUGCUUGGGGCUUGGGUUUGAUACCAAGCACCUUCGUCGACGGGAUGAUGGAAGGUGGCACAUGAAAGUCAACUAUAAGGGUCAUUCCUUCACCCAUCGCUUUGUGACUUCAACUAUGCCAAAAACUGUGUAUGAGAGCAACCCGGCUUUCUUCCACAAGAUGAUGGAUAAGUUGGCAUUGUCAUUGAGAAGCCUUUUGUUGGAGGGUGUUGUGGAUCCGUUGACUGGUGACACACUUAGGGUAGCAAUCAUAGCAGUGAAGGGCGAUGCCCCAUACUUGGCAAAAAUGGGCAAGUUUUACCGCAGCUACAACACCACCGUGAAGAGAGGAUCUGCGCAAAGUGUCCCUAAGGGGGUCUGCCACCGAUGCUUAGCAGGAACACCAGGCUUCCCUGCAGAGGAGAUUGCAACAAAUCUACCAAAGUGGUUGCAGACUCAAGGGAUCCGUGUGCCAUGGUUGUCUACACCAAGUGUAAUCCAACAUCUGGUCCACAGCAGAGCUGACCCUUCUACGUUUUUUCAAACUGACAUUUGGCAUGUGGUUCAUCUUGGGUUUGGUCGAUCCUGGAUAGCAUCUGUGGUACACUUGCUGCUACAUGUCAUCAAUCAACCCAAUCUGGAUGCAAAAUGGUCUUUUUUGACAGAAGAUUACCGAACUUGGUGCAGGAGAAACAAAAAGCAAAUGCACAUCAGUGCCAUCACUCCAUAUCUCAUGAGCUAUGGAGACAAAACGGGAACCAUGGGCCAAUUUCACAAAGGCGCACUUACAACAAAUUUGAUGCUAUGGCUUGCGGAAAUCAUUGGCAAAUUGCCAUGUGACACCAGAAGAUUGUUGCCAGAAUGCCAGGAGGCGACAUGUUGCAUGAACAAUUUGUUUGAAUGCUUGUUCAGAGCGGACGCUUUUUUGAGCAAAGAAGAGUGCAUUUAUGUAUCUGCAAAAGGCCUUCGGUUUCUUCAAGUUUAUUCAAAGAUGGCGAGAGCACAAUUCCAGGAAGGUUGUCCUUGGAAUUUUCCUUUGUACCCUAAGCUUCAUGCUUACCAUGAGACAAUCCUUCAGGUUCAACAUGAUGGACAACGUGUUGGUAUGGCAAUCAAUCCUUUAAUGUUCUCGUGCCAGGUCGACGAGGACACAGUGGGAAGAACUUCGCGCUUAAGUCGCCGCGUAAAUAUACGCUUGGUGAUGACGAGAACGCUGCAACGGUACUUAAUUUCAGCUCAUAGUGCUUUUGUUCGUGCGGGCCUCUUGUUGUGA